AUGUUGCGCACAGCGUUAUUAUGUCUAAUAUUAGUCGUAUCAUUAUCAUCAUCAACAUCAAUUAUUAAAAAAAGUCUUAAACGUCGACAAGCUGAUUCUCAACAUUGUGAAGCUAUUACGGGUUUCGAUUGUAAAUGUAACUUUUAUCGUGUAACAUGUACAAUUGAUCAUGAAUUACCAUCGCCCAUACAUAUUGUAGACCAUGAAAAACAGAAAUAUCAAUCUGUUGAAUUGGUUAUACAAGCUCCACGUGAUAUUCAUGUUAAUGAUCAAACAUUUGAACCGGUUAAAGAAUUAUAUAAAUCUGAUGGAGAUAAUUUAGAAUUUCGUAUUAAAUUCGAAAAAUUUACUGCACUUCAUUUAUCAUCACCUUCAAUCUUUAAUCGGGUAUUUCCUGAUAGUUUACCAGCAAAUGCACGAAAACAUUUGGCAUUAGAAAUUUACAAUCCUGAAGUAGCACAACAAGAUAAUCCAAAUCUAUUUCAAAAUUUAAAUGCCGAAUCAUUAGAACUUUAUGCAUUAUAUCCAUUUCAUGGUACAUUUCAAGAAUUAUUCAAGGAUGCCAACAUAAAAUUUUUACGUUUAAGUGGUGGUGAUAUACGUUCGGAUGUUUCACAACCAUUCUCAGGAAAUGUUGCACGUUUAGAAUUAGCUAAACAAGCUAGUGCAUUAUCAGUACAAAAUUUUCCUGUUUAUCCAGCACAUGAAUUAACUAUUAAUGCUUUUUAUAUAACUGAUUUUAAUAAUGAACAUCCACCAAAUUAUGGUAAUUUAGGUGAAUUACGUGUUCAUAGUCCAUCACGUAUACCAGCAAAUGCUUUUCGUCAAUUUCCUAAUAUACAUACUUUAUCUGUUCAAAGUGAUCAAGGUAUUGAUCCACAUGCAUUUGAUGGUUUAACUCACUUAGAAAAAUUAACAAUCAAAGAUGGAGAACCAAAUUUGGAUCUCUUUAAUAAUUUACCAAAUCUUAAAGAAUUUGAAGCAAGUAUUGAAAAAUUAGAUGCUAAUACACAAUGUAAAUUAAUCGAAAAACUAGCUAAUGGACAAGUUGCUAUUCAAGCCGUACCAAAUGGUCGAGAAUGUACAUGUGUAUCAGCUUAUUUGGAUACAGCUGCUGGUCGAUUACCAUGUAGUCCACAAGGUUGUGAACAUUCAGCAUGUGCUGCAAUUAAAAAUAAUUAUAAUGCAGAAACAAGUACAUUUAAUCCACCACCACAAAUUAGACGUUCCGAUGGUUCAGAUGCUUUACGUCAACGUGAACCACGAGUGUACUCUGUGCCAUUUCAAGUAGCACAACAAGAUCAACAAAAACUACAAAACGCUGUUCCACCACCACAACCAGAACAACCAGAUGAAGAUCAACGACGACCUGACGGUGACAACCAAGGUCCAGAUGCACCUUAUGAUCCACAAGGUAAGUUAGAUAUACAUAGAGAGAGAUAG